GUUAUAGAGUAAGGAGUGAUAAUUUUUGAGUGAUGAGUGAGCAUUUUUUGAAAUCCGAACAGCCCCUCAAAGUCAGAGUUUUGACAAAUAGAGCUGCCAAACGCACAUUGUCACUACUGAAAAACUGUUUAGCGCAAGGAAACUACCUCUUCUGGAAAGUGAACUUGGCCCCUGGUCUAGUCAGUCAAGCGGAAAGGAAUGCGAAAGUCCAUGAGAAAGUAUCUUCGCUGAAGCUUCCAAAUUUUUCAUAUGUAAAACGCACAUUGUCACUACUGAAAAACUGUUUAGCGCAAGGAAACUACCGCUUCUGGAAAGUGAACUUGGCCCUUGGUCUAGUCAGUCAAGUGGAAAGGAAAGCGAAAGUCCAUGAGAAAGUAUCUUCGCUGAAGCUUCCAAAUUUUUCAUAUGUAAUUUUUUCGCUCUCAAUCUCCCAAAAUUUUUCUGUCCAAUAUCAGUAUGAGGAAGCACCAAGUUGAUUCAGAAUUUGUUGCCAACAACUCGCACCGUGGUAGUACAGUAAGGGAAGAAAGAAGUGAAUCACUAGCAGAGUACUCUGUUUUCCCAUCAGCCAACUCAGAGUUCGGUAGUUUUAGUUUAAUAAGGAAUGGAACAAAUCCAGACUUCCCUAUUUCUAUUCCAUCAAUCUUUCCAGCCAUUAACAUAGAUAGUGAAAAUGAUGGUAGUUCAGAAUCCAACGAAACAUCUCCAAGAUUCUCUCAUAAUUCCAAUUCCAUAGUUUCAUUAUUUCCACCAGCCAGGUCUGCUACAGACAGUCCUGAAAAUUAUGAGAUAAUAAUUACAAGUUUUUCCAUUCCAUUAAUAUUCCCACCCACCAUUUCUGAGACUGAGACCAACGAUAGUUGUUCAGAUUCUAACCAAUCACCUCGGGAACAAUUCUCUUGUUCGUCACUAUUCCCACCAGCCAGGUCUGAAACAGACAGCAGUAGCUCCAAAAAUGAUGAAAUAAUCCUUGGUCAAAUCUUGCCCACCCCAAACUUGAGGAUCUUCAGUUUUACAGAAUUAAAGGUUGCAACCAAGAAUUUUAGUCCUGAUACAGUACUUGGUGAGGGAGGAUUUGGGCAGGUUUUUAAGGGUUGGCUCAAGGAUAAGGGCCAAUCCAAGAGUGGAAAUAGGAUGGUAAUUGCUGUCAAAAAAUUGAACCCCGAGAGCUUGAAAGGAUUUCGGGAGUGGCAGUCAGAGGUGAAUUUCUUAGGAAGGCUCUCUCAUCCGAACCUAAUCAAGCUGUUAGGCUACUGCAGGGAGGACAGAGAGUUACUCCUCAUUUAUGAAUUCAUGCAGAAAGGCAGCCUAGAAAACCAUUUGUUUGGAAGGGGGUCAGCUAUUCGGCCAUUUCCAUGGGAUAUACGGCUUAAGAUUGCAAUUGGAGCAGCUCGAGGCCUGGCAUUUUUGCACACAUGUGAUGAGCAAAUUAUUUAUGGAGAUUUGAAGGCCUCCAAUAUACUGCUGGAUGGGUCCUAUACUGCCAAGAUAUCAGACUUUGGCUUCGCGAAGUUGGGUCCAUCAGCUAGUCAUGCAAAUGUGAUAACACGAGUAAUUGACACGUAUGGUUAUGCAGCUCCAGAGUAUUUUGCCACAGGGCAUUUGUACGUCAAGAGCGACGUGUAUAGUUUUGGUGUUGUUUUAGUUGAGAUACUAACAGGUUUACGGGUACUUGAUACAAAUCGUCCAAGAGGGAAACAUUAUCUGGUUAAUUGGAUCAAACCAUACCUAUCAGAAAUAAGAAAGUUGGAACAAAUCAUGGACUCCCGGUUGGGGGGAAAAUAUCCAUCCAAGGCUGCAUUCCAUAUAUCUCAGCUUGCUCUAAAGUGCCUUGCAGCUGAACCUAAGCUUCGACCAUCAAUGAAAGAAGUUUUAGAAAAAUUGGAAUGGUUUGAAGCUGCCAAUGAAAGACCAAGGGAGCCUAGAAAUCAUGCUAGUCAUCCUAUGGUUCAUCGACAAGGCCAGCAGCCUUUGCACCAUCGUUCUCCACUUCAUCCUAGACUGGAUGGAAAUCCAGCCUACCAAAAUUCCUCCCAAGUAAGGUGACUUUGAUACAUCUGCUACAUGCAAGCAUAAUUCUUCACUUGUAUGCUGAUUGUUACUCAUGAAAAACAACAAUUCCCACUUUAUUUUUUAAUUUUGAUUAAUGUGAUCUUUUGUAAGUUACAAUGAGUAUUAUUAUUUUACUGGUGA